GUUUGCAAACAUGCGGCAGGGAAUCCACCCAUGGAAUGGAGGUAGGAAACAAGAUAACCGAACGAUUCUCUUUCGACUCGACAGAAACUUCUGUUUACCAUCCAAACCAGUAACAGCUGAUAAAUACCAAAAUGGCUACAGGACCUGCAGUAAGUUCAGCACUAGAGACGAUCAGCAGAUAUCAUCUUGAGUGCAGCAUAUGUCAAGAGAGAUAUCAACAGCCCAAGAUACUGGAAUGCCUACAUAGCUUUUGUGCGCAAUGUCUGCUGAAAUACUGCAGCACGAAGCACGAGGGAUCUACAGCAAUUCCUUGCCCUGUGUGUCGACAGGAGACAAAUCUUCCUCAGGCGGGGGUGCAGGGUCUGAAAACCAAUUUUCACCUGAUUGGUCUGGUUGAGGAGUUUGACCUGCAGGAAAGGUUGAUGUGUUCGGGUGACAAGAAGCUGCUAUGUGAGAUAUGUGAUGAAGGAAGUGAGGCGAUGGAUCACUGCAUGAACUGCUCCAGAAAUAUCUGCUCCAAAUGUAAACAAGUUCACAUGCAGUUUGCUGAAUUAUCAGUUCAUGUUAUAAGUAGCUUGGAUGACAUUCGUGGGGGGAAAACAUCAACAUAUCAAAUCAAAUCAAAGCAUCCACAACAUUCAAAAUGUCAAAUCCAUGAGGGCGAAGUGACAAGGUUCUUCUGCAAAACGUGUGAAGUGAUGAUCUGCCGAGAUUGCACUGUCAUUGACCACUGCAAGCCAGAACACUCGUACAUUGACAGAAAUCUGGCCACAUCAACGUACAAAAAAUCAUUAGCUGAAUUGCUUUCUCCACUUGAAAACUCAAUGAUCGAACUCCAGGAGUCACGAGAGAAAGGCUCAAGAAUGAAAGAAGAUUUGGGUGUCACAGUUAAGAGGGUCAUGACAGAAGUGCAAGACAGAGCAGCUGAGAUACGAGCAGAAGUAACGGCUCAAGAAAAUCGCAUCCUUGACGACAUCAAAAACAUCCAAACAGAUCGUGAGCAAAAACUGGACGAAUCUGAAAAAACUAUGGGUUUGACAGCGGAGAGAUUUCAGUAUUCAGUAGACACAGCAAGGGAGGUGGCAAGGACUGCAUCAGAUAGUGACUUUCUCUCACUCUAUCCCACAAUCACCAAAGACUUGAAAUUGUUGGCAGAUCAGAGUGUGCCUAAAGUUGACACCAGGCUUGCAUUUCUGAAAUUCAAGCAGAGUGAGGGCGUAAGUGCCAUCAAUCUGGGUGAUCUGGUGGUUGAAGACAAAUGGAAGCUGUGUCGUGAGUUUGGUAGAAAGGGAAGCGGUCCAGGAAAGUUCGAUAUGGCUCGGGGCGUUGCUGCUAGCCAACCUGAUGAAAUUGCAGUGGCUGACUACUGCAACAAACGAGUCGUUAUCUGCACCAUCGAUGGCAACCAGAAAAGCACGAUCCCUUUGCAAGGAUUUCCACGCAGCAUAGCAGCUACACACAUUGACAAUCGUUUGGUUGUUGUUGAGGAAGGCGCAUCCCAUGUGAAGGUGUUCAAGAGCGACAACACGCUGGCAUACGAGUUCCCAACGGUGCCGCCGAGUGAGGUUGGUAAGACAGCAGUUGACCUCAAGAGCGUAGCUGUCAAGAAUGAUGGUACCAUUGCAGUGGGAGAUGUAGCGAGGAUGGUUUUGACAGUGCACAGCCCCACUGAUGGUGAGCUCCUUCAUACCAUACCAGUCAAGAUUAGACCUUACUCUCUGGCUUUUGACAGCAAUGCUCAAGUGAUAAUAAGUGAUUAUACAUCACAUACAGUGGAUAUUGCUGGUGAUAAUGGUACUUCAAAAUGCACCAUCAAACCCACCAUCAAUGGGCAACCUGUAAAACAAUGCAACGGUGUAUGUACUGAUAGCACAGGUAUCUAUGUUGCAAUGCAUAAAGGUGAUAACACGGGUCAUAUCCACCACUAUGACCCUCAAGGUGGCUUUCUCAAGUGCAUCGCACGUGGUCUGCACUACCCAAAGGGUAUUACAUUUACAUCUGAUGGGCAGCUGGCAGUGGCCGACUACUACAGAGUAAAGAUGUAUCACCAGGUGUGAUACGACAUUGUAAUCAGUAAUGUCAGUUUCUAAGCAUGGGUGAAAUGUCGAUAGAAAAAUGAGAGAAUGGUUCUAAUUGACACAAAAAAAUAAGCACGUUGAUACAAAACGCAAUACAAAAGCCUAAUUAUACAGUAAAUGUGUGUUGCCUGUAAUAUUUUGACUUUCUGAUCAGUUCUUUCUGAUGAGGCCUCGAAAUCCUCCAAUUGGCCCCAUGGAAAAAUAGCAGAUAGCCUCAGCCCUGCAAAUU